AUGAGGGAGCUGAUUUCUAAAAAGAGGAACUGGAAGGAGAAUAAAACGGUGGUUCUUACAAAAGAAUGCAGCUGUAUAAUCCAGAAAAAUCUCCUUGAGAAAUUAAAAGACCCAGGCAGUUUUGUGAUUUCCUAUACUAUUAGAGAAGUAACAGUUGAAAGAGCUUUAUGUGACCUUGGAGCAAGCAUCAAUCUCAUGCCAUUAUCCUUGAUGCGCAAGCUUCAAAUUGAAGAGGUGAAACCUACCAGAAUCUCUUUACAACUUGUUGACCGCUCUCUUAAAUUUCCUUUAUGUGUUGUUGAGAAUUUACUGGUGAAGGUGGGGACAUUUAUCUUUCCUGCGGACUUUGUUAUAUUGGAUAUGGAAAAGGUUAUCAAUGCCUCUAUUAUACUGGGAAAAAUGUUCCUUGCUACAGGGAGAGCUUUAAUUGAUGUUCAGAAGGGUGAAUUGACAUUGAGGGUGAAUGAUGAACAAAUUAUGCUCAAUGUAUUUAAAGCUCUGCAGCACCCGAAUGAUUCUACGGAUUGCAUAAAAAUUAAUAUUAUUGAUCCGCUGGUUCAAGAGGCAUUAGAAGAGGAAGACUCAAUGAAAUACUUGAAGCUUUUGUUCAGCCUGAAGCUGAAGAAAUUAAAGCAAGAACAACACUAA